AUGCCCGCCCCUGCGAAACUGUGGGCACCGUGGAAGGCUUCCAAAAUUCCAAAACGCCGAGCCCACUCUGUCGGGCGAUCGUCGCGACGGCCGGUCCCUGACGAAGGGUCCUCGCCUCCACCCGCGAGCGUGACCAGCGUGGCCAGCGUGACGGCCGCGGCGUCUCGUCCACCCGCCGCGUUGGGCCGCUGGCAACUGCCGGACUGGGAAUGGACACCCGAGGCCUCGUGGACAAUCCGGGGUCCUUUGCGUCGGGGUCUUUUUUCUCAUCGUCGGCCUGCAGGUUUGGAUCCUGUCGACGCGGGUCGUCGCCCAGCCGGCGCCAAGGGGCACUGGAGCGCAGAUGAGCUCACGUUUCGGCCCUGUUUGACCUCGACCCCGGCUCGCGCACGCAACCCCGGAUGGGCCUGUGCAGGCGACAAGUCGAGCUGCACCCCGACUGACGGGAUAACCCGGUUGGGCCACGCAGACGACGACAGCCGACGCCCGUGUCACUGCAGGCAAGAGCUGGCCUGUGCAGGAUCCAUGGAACCGAAUCCCUGGCGCGCAAUCCUCGUCGCACGCUCAUCGACGUCCGCUGCCCCGGCUCGACGGCGGUUUGUCGGUCUGUCUCUUACGCUCACAUGCCGCGGCCUGGUUUCAUGGCGGGCGAAGCCAGUCUGCCUCGGGUAUCUAGGUUUGCCCCGGCAAGGCCUGGAGCCCGCCACGCCGAAUGGCAUCUCGGCGCACAAGCCAGCCCACGCGUGCUGGCCACGUGGUGGGCUUCCAGAAUCGCGGUACGUGCGUCGGGCAGGAUUGGGCUGGACCACCGUGGAAAUGUAA